GCAUCCAACUCCUACUCAUGAAUCCCCAGGCAUGGUAGAAGUACAGUACCCGAGAGUGCGGGCGAGUAAGCCUAAGACCAGAACAGGUUGUGCCACAUGUAAGACUCGCCGUGUCAAAUGCGACGAAGCUAAACCUCACUGCAACCGCUGUCGAAAGUUCGGAGUAGAGUGCGACGGCUACCCUAGCCUCGCACCGAAAACAAGAACCAAAAAGGCACUGAUUGUUCCUAAGCAAGACCAAGUGCUGAUGCCCAGACCGCCUGCACUUACGAGACUUCUACCCUCAGCUAGUGCGGGUUAUCAAAGUGAGAUCGAGUAUCUCUGUUUCAAGACCUUCCAGGAGCGGGCUGCGACCGAGCUUUCUGGCUAUUUUGAUACGAAUAUUUGGCGUCGGACGAUUCUUCAAGUUUGCCAUGAAGAAGAAUUCGCGAGACAUGCUGUGGUUGCUAUUGGUGCUCUACAUACGACGAUGGAGUUAGUGCAGAGUAAUGUCUAUUCAUCGCCGUCGUCGGAAGUCUUGAAUAGUCUUGGCACAACGCAUCACCGGGUAGCUCUGCUGCAUUAUGAUAGAGCUUUGAAGCUGAUGGGAGAACUAACAUUGAGAGACGAGGAAUCAGCCCUGCGUUGUGUUCUCUUAUCUUGUCUUCUGACAACAUGUUUUGAGAAUUACAUUGGGAAUCAGGACAAUGCUCUCGCAGCCGCUCAAAAAGGGGUCGACGUUCUCACAGAAUGUCUAACGACUAUUGAAUGGUGUAAGCCUGUCGAAGAUCUAAAGCGUAUCCAAACACGAAUCCUGGACGACAGCGACAAUGACCUCCUCUCCACAUUCGCACGUCUUGAAGCAUCCAUUAUCAUGUUCGACCACAAUCGUCGCAGUCCAAGAAAGCUGGAACCGCUGCGACUUCAGAACUUCCCUCCAUUUCCAGACUUCCCUGACCACUUCAAAGACGUCCGAGAAGCGAGGAUGUAUACUGACGUCCUAGCCAGAAAAGCGCUGAUCUGGAGAGACGCAAACCUCCAAAAAUGGAACUACUCGAAUCUAGAUUUCGGAACGGUCGAUACCGAAGACAAGAGUUGGAGGAUAGAGCAAUUCUCUAGACGUGCGCAAAGAGAGUUUCAGCAUUGCGUCAAAUGUAAAGGGCAAUGGGUAAAAGCUUUCAUUCCUUUUUAUGAAGCUACCAGAAGUUUUCCAGGCAGUAAGGAAUACCUCGGGGCUUCAAUCCUCAUGAUUCAAUAUGUGUCGACGAAUCUCAUGACACAUUUACCUGGACAGAAUCUCGAGACAUAUUACGACAGAUUCCGGGAAGAUAUGGGUACCCUCGUUGACCUAUCUCGUGAACUUCUAGAGAGCUACCCUGUGACGACCUCAAGGAAAGCAGUAUAUACGUUCGACGAUGCAGUCGUGAUGGGACUUUUUCUAGUCGCUACUCGGUCUCGAGAUGGAAAUCUGAGAAGACAAGCGAUUCAUUUGCUAGUCAAGUAUCCUCGGCGUGAAGGACUUUGGGAUGGCACCAUGGCAUCAACGGUGGCGUCUUGGCUUAUGAACCAAGAAGAGAAAGGAAUAAAAGUUGGUGACUUUGUGCCCGAAGCUGCACGGUUGAGGAUUGUUAUGUUGAAUCCGAAGUUCGCGGAGAGGUAUGUAACUGUACGAUGCUCGGAGCUCUUGGAUGGAUCCAGCGAACGGAUAGAAAUGCCUGAUGUGGUUUUGACAUGGUGAAAUGGGUCAUUAAUAUAACGCGUCAGAUAGGCUAUUGUAUAAAACAGC